GGCGUGUUUGAGAGACUUUUAUUAUGUAAAUAUCAGCCGGGACUGUGAAGAAAAGCUUUGGCAAGUCAACUUACAAAUGUUAUUGGUAAAUGUGAGAGGCGCUGCGUGAUUUUUCUUCCUACAGUAAAACUGUGAUGUGACCGAAGUAACUGUAACUGCCCAGAACUGACGCUCGCCGUCAAAAUUAAGUGCGCCAAAUCAAUUUACAGGAGAACCUCCAUCCACAUGCAUAACAAACAAUGGACUCUAAUGGAGCAGCGUGAGAUGAGAUGAAGUCUGUCUUUUACGCAGUGAAAUCCGAGCAGAGCCAGAAUCAGAUAAAUGAACUCCAGUGAAGCAUCAGCUCAGCCUCAUGUCGUUUCUGGACUGCACCUGUAUCUCCUCCCACUCACAAGUCCAGCCCAUCAGCAUAGAGGAGCAGUAUGAAGACAUCAGCCGGCAGUGCUCGAGCAGUGAUGUCUCUCCGUGUUCUGUGUUGACGGAUGAAGAUGACAUCACAGAUCUUUCCACUAACCCCGCCCACUAUCAGCUGCUCUCACAACUGGGCCGGGGAUUUAAUAACCUCAGUCAGGUGAGCAUGGCUCGACACACACCGUCUGGCCGGCUGGUGGCGGUGAAAAACACUAACCUGGAUGAGUGUACAGAAGAUGAGCUGCUGCAGCUGAUGAAUGAGGUUCUGCGGUCCAGACUGUUCCGUCACCCAAACCUGCUGACGUCCAGACUGGUGUUCAGCUCGUGCUGUCAGCUCUGGGUGCUGUCUCCUCUCAUGAGCUACGGUUCUGCAGACUCUCUGCUCAGGUCGUAUUUUCCGGACGGAAUGAGCGAGUCUCUGAUAGCGUACCUGCUGUACGGGGUGCUCCGAGCGCUGGAGUACCUGCAUCACAUGGGUUACGUGCACAGGGGUGUGAAGGCGAGUCAUGUGCUGCUGUCAGCUGAAGGCCGUGUGUGUUUGUCGGGGCUGCAGAGUGUGUACAGUCUGAUGAAGGAUGGCAAGAGGAUGAGAGCCGUGUUUGACAUGCCUCAGCACAGCCCGUCUCUGCUGCCCUGGCUGAGUCCGGAGCUGCUGCGACAGGAUCUUCACGGCUAUGGAGUGAAGUCAGACAUCUACAGUCUGGGAAUCGUGGUGUGUGAGCUGGUCAGUGGCAGAGUGCCAUUCCAGGACAUGCCGCCCACUCUGUGUGAACGAGUGUAUGUUUGCUGGCCGUCUGCGACAGCUCUCCUCACUCAUCCCUUCUUCAGACAGGUGAAGAAACACACAAGGGACUCUUUCCUCAGUUUGAUGUAUCCGGCCGUGCCAGUGUCUUGUCCUCCAGGCACGCCUCCAUCCGAAACGCCCACCCAGACCUGCAACGCGCCGUCACCCACCGAACCAGAGGACGGCAUGUGGGACUUCUCCUAAACCUCGCUGCCUGUUUCUGUCUCCAUCUCGUCUGUUUCUUGUCCAUUUCUCACCCAUUUCUCCAUAAGUAUAUUCCGUAUUAAUCCGUCCUAACCAGCUGCUAGAUUUAGUCAUUUUGCUGUUAACUUGGUUUGUAUUUGUCACCUCAUACUACGGUAGCCCCAACCACAGUGAAAUCUCACUAAAUCCCAUCUAUAUAUGGACCAAAGUGUUGAUGACAUCAUCUUGCACUCAUGGGCAUAUCUACAUUUUUAGCCAAUCAAAUGCUCUCUAGAACGAGCACAUACCAGCUGCCUAGACUUUUCCCGACUAGCAAGAGCAAGUAAAAACUCGUAGUUGAUGGCUGUGACUUAAACUAAAAGCCUAUUAGCUUGGGCUGCACGAUUCAUCAAAAUAAAACUGAAUUUGUGAUACAGUCUGUUUAUUAAAUCUCAGACUGCUUUUAAUUGAUUAAACAUA